UUAAGAUAUCGACACGUUUUGUUCUAUCAUUUGUCAUGUAGGGUUUGAAAUAAUGCAGAUAUAUAGAAAUCUUAUAACCUUCACAAACUUCUGAUAGGUUCGAGGUGCUAGCUGUGAAACAUUAUGCAUGAUGGCAAGCUUUCACUGAUGGAUGACACAGCAGACGAAAACUGCUUUGUAACCAAAUGUCUGUCUGAUAGUUUUGAUUUCAAUGAUUUACCAGAUAAUACGACUGAUACCCACGCUGCCAGCCAGUUCAACAAGACAUGCGCGUCUUCUUCGUGGUCGCCACGAUUUGAAUUUCAGAGAAAAAGAAUUGGAGAUCUCUGUCAAGAUAUCGGAGAGUUUUUUGAAAACGAAGCUGCAGUUAAUUGUUUUAACGACAACACUAAUCGCAGCCAAUCAGAAGGGGUGAAAAUCGAGCAAACCGCCGAGUUACCUGAUUCUUUGCGUUUUUCGUCUCUUUCGUCAGUUAUUCCAAAUGACACCAGUACAGAAUCCACAUCGAAGACUCCGGAAAACCCCAAAGGCUCCUCGGUCGACGAUUGUAUUAUAAUUGACGACGAUGACGUGGAUACUAAUGAUGACGUCACUAAAACGUCAUAUAGAGGUUCAAGUGAUAGUGACGAUGUUCAAGGAAUAUCAAAAAAUAUUUUCACCGAGUUGUUUAUCAAUAUUCCAAAUCAUGAAGUUUCUUGUUUUGAUGACUAUCAAGAUGAAAGUAUACAACUAAGAAAUUAUCAAUCACUGUUAAAAGUAUGUAAAAAUGGUUCUGAGGUAAAUGCAUAUAAUUCUUCUAACUUUGAUUCACUCAAUGCAGAGAAAUGCAUUGGUUUAAGUUCACCAAUUAAACCUGGAGAUAAAGUCGAAUUUAUAAAUGGCUCUCUUGUAAAAAUUUCAAGUAGAAAGACAAGUGUUGAAACAACACGUGAUAAUCAGAUAGACAAUGCCCAGCACAGUCUUUUACGCAACAGAUUCGAAAUUAGGCAACCUUUAAGAAGACACUCUAUUGACGACAGACAAUUGGAUAGGAUUCGACAAACAAAGUCGAGGGUCCACAGUCGAAGUGUUUGUUUUCCCCACAGUAGAUGUUGUUCCUCCUCGGGAAAACACGAUGCUUUCAAAAGCAACAUUUACCACUCCCCAAAGUUAUGGUUUUUCUCAGAUGACCAAAACUGGUAUCGAAAAAGAUAUGGAGCUAACAUACCCCUUCCAUCUUCAAGAAACGUGCACGAUAUCUCCCCACCUGUGGCCCAAGACGUUCCGUUAAAUGAUGGUCAUACAGUGCAACCAUUGCAAUCUAACAACGAAAUCUUAAGAGACAGUGAUCGAGGAGUAACAGAGACACAAACCACACAGGGCCUUUAUGACGUAGGCGAUUGGGAGGAUUGGAUGUGGUUGUGUGACCCCGGGGAAAACGACUCAAGCGACGAAAACGUGAUUCUGAAACUGUUAGAGGGAAGUGAUGAGGAGCAGGACGAUGACAAACAAAGUGAGGCAAAAGACACGUGCCCAGAACAAGAAGAGACUUGCCAAGAAGACACAUGCCAGGACAGAACUGAUCAGAGCGAGGUAACGGACAAGGUCGUAGAGGAGUACGAUCUUGUUGACCAUCUAACUAACACAGAUCCUUGUAAUCCAGAUGAAAGCGAUAUCGUUGACAAUCUGACAAACACAGACCCGUGUGAUGCAGAAGAAGACGAUCCCCCAGAGGGUGCUCUCCUUGACGACCAGGACUGGGGUUGGUUGAUGACCAUGGACGAACGAAGAGAGAGCGGGUUUAUCAACAGUCAGCCGUGCAUUGCAGAAUUUAUGACAUCGCUCCCGCUUAUCAAUGAAACUUUACAGCCUCCAUCAAUCACAACUGAAGGCAACUCAAGAUCAUAUUGUCAGCAGUUCACGCCAAAUCACCCCUCUCUAUCACAGCACGCUGACCCCCGGGGGCCGGGGAUAGUCGACCCUCGGGGACGGGACAGCGGCACGGGAAAAUACCCGGAAUUCGCAUGGAUGAAGGAAAAGAAGAAUAUAAGGAAAAAUUCUAAUUCGUCUGUGCCGGUGUCCACGGGAUCCGAUAUAGACUUCCCAAGCCCGCAGCCGGCCAUUACAAACAACCAACCACCGCAGCCACAAGAACCGCGCAGUAACUCCAGUUCCCAUAGCAACGGCGGAGGAACACGGAGACUGCGCACUGCUUAUACAAACACUCAACUUCUUGAGCUAGAGAAAGAGUUCCACUUUAACAAAUACCUAUGUCGUCCAAGGCGUAUUGAGAUCGCAGCAUCUCUGGACCUAACAGAACGACAGGUAAAAGUCUGGUUUCAAAACAGAAGAAUGAAAUAUAAACGACAAACGCAGUCUCAAAGACAGAAGGCGGAGUCGGAUUUCAAGUCGAUGUCGUACGACGGAAACUUGGACAGUCCGAUGUCGUCAGACGAGAGUUGCGAUCGGAUGGAGCGGCGAGAGAGCUACGAUAGUUGUAACGAUAAUCGGGAUGACCUGUGUAAUUCUACCGACAAGUCGGGACAGGAGGCUAUGAACGCAGGCUUGGAAUGUGAUAAUGAGAAACACAGACGCCCUCAUAGCGCGGACAGGCUUAUGGUAAAACCCGAGGGGUCCGAUGUAGUGGAGCUUACAGUGUUGUCUGGACGAGAGAGGUUCUCUGAUGCACGACGGUCAAACAUGUCUGACAUGUCUGAUCCUCAGCAGCGCUCCCCAAUCGGAAGUGUUCAAAGUCUGCACAGUCCGAUGUCGUCUGCUUCAAACAUGCUGCCUACGCCACCUGUUGCGUCAUCUCCAUUGGCUUCUCCUGACGUCAGAUCUGUCGAUUUUGCAGACAAAAUUAUAAACGAUAGCGAACUGAUAUCAAAGUCUAGUCACAACAAUUCUUCAGCUAAUGGGGGCGGACUUAUGUCUAAAAACCCGUGUGUUAAGAUGACCGAGGUCGAGGGUGCGUGCAUGGACACACUAAAUUCUAACAAGACUUCACACUCGACCAUGCGAUCCCCAGAAUGCACCUCGCCGGGGGCCAAAGACUCAGGGCAUAUAGUACACUCUAAUAAUACCCCUGUCAUGGAGGGAAACAAUGUCUUUCAAAGCUACAAUGGUCACGAUUCGAACCAUUCGUCUUAUCAGUCAUCAUACCCGGGCAGUAUGGGUUACCUACAGAAGCAGACAGCAGCCUUCAAUAAUUGUAGCGCCGAGAACUACUACGACAAUCCGGGGGAUUCUCCAAACAGAAUAGGCAGAUUUGGCGGAAAUGGAUUUAACUCGUGGAAUUAUGACGGUGCGAAUCCGCUCAAUUCGCAAAAUGCCAAUUACCACAAUAACAGAAUUGGCUUUGGAAUGAAUGGAAAUCAUUUGUAUUCGCCUAACUUUUCAAGAGUCAAUAAUUUCAAUCCUCGCGAGGCCGAAAUGCCGAGUCUUCCAAGUCGCCAUUUUAAUUCUAGGUAUAUGACCAAAUCUUCGGCUUAUCCCCAACUGAUGCCCGGAAUAGACCAACACUCAUCAACUUCGCUUUAUGGAAGCAAUUACAUGGAAAGCUUUUCGGAAGGUGUCAAUCAAGUCGUAAAUUCUCCAAUAUGCCAGUCGCCCUCGCGACCGACGCCUCGUCCCGGCGAUUCUAUAAGUCGGACCCAGGCCGGACUGGCCAUUGAGCCUCAUUAUACCUCCGAUCAAUACCCCCUUGCUCACAGUUACAAUGAGGCAGGCCCCUCUGGCGAUUUUACGAGUAUUUUUAGUGAGUAUUUCAAUUCACAACAACCCGAGUAUCAAGCAAUAUAAAAGAAGCCGAAACAACAGUUGUUGCUGCCGGAUGGUUCAGAUGUCGGGACUUUUAUUGUCGUAAGACAUCGAUGCUAUCUUGUUUUACAUCUCCUCUCAUUCCUUUUCUGUGUUUUUAUGGUGAAUUGGAAAAACGGGUAAUAACAAGCUAAAACUCCUCUGGACUCAAGUGGUCGAUCACUGUUAACUUUAAUUACUGUCGACGGUGCACGGAAGAGUUACGAUUGGUCUCUUCACGACUUUAUACGUCAUAAAAACAAUAUUCUCGGUCGCAUUGAAGUCUUAUCAAUAUUUAUCAUCAGCUGAAGUCAUGCAUUUCUUGUGUUCAAAAGUCGGGUAUGAAUUUUUUGAAAUAAAAUGCUCUUUAAAUUUUCCUUUUGCUACGAAUACGAAAUGAGACCACAGUCAUAGAAAUUAGGAGGGGUAAUUGUACAAUGAAGUCUUUAAAUCGUUGAAUUGAGACGGUGUGUUUUUUAUCUUGAUCUGCGUGUAAUAUAAAGGGUACCAGUUUCUUACGAGCACUGUCCGCGGCGCAAGAGAAUUGGAGACCGUGAUUAGAUCUCGAGUUUCCAGGGGUUUUUGGCUAGCUAUUUGGUAAGCUGGGGCCCUGAGAGCGCACACGUAUUAUUUAUUCCAAUAAACGGUACAGCUGAGAAUUAUUGCUUACUAAGUUUCGUCACAUCACACGCGUAUCUGCAUAAUUAAUAUCCUUUAACGCCAAAGACUUUUCUUGAAUCUCAUUCUACGUCAUUGUUUGAUGUCGUCCAGUUCUUAGCUUUAAAUAUCCACGUUUUAUUGAUUUCGUAUUUUUUUUCUGUUUUUUGCAACCAUUCCCCAUUUUGACCCUCAAUACUGUUGUGCCAAUCAUUUUUCUCGUGAUUUAUUGGAGGUUGGUUGAAAGCAUUCAUUUCAAACCCUCGAUUUCGAUUGGUGGUUGAUUCUACAUUUCGAUAGCUCUAUUUUAAAGAGUGUGGGGCUCCAAGCGGGGAUGUGUGCAAAAAAAAUAUGUAGUUUUCAUUCAGUUGUUAUCUGUAUUAAUUUUAUAUUUUGUUGAUUUUUUUUCUCAUUAGUAUUAUACCGGUUUGAUAUUAUGUGAAACCUCUGUUGUUUUUGCAUUUAUUAUAUUUUAUUCUUG